GUGUCUUAAUUUCGUUAAUGGCACCUGACAACGCUGAUAUGCUGCAGUUUAUCUAUGUAAUUAUCAAAUUGUGAAAUCUCUUUGCUGUAAUCAUUGGAAUUUCUACCGCGAUAGGGAUUUGUCACAAUACACGUUCAAAUAAUCAUCAUUUUCACGAUGAAUUCUAUAGAUUUUACAAGUAAAGCCAUUGUUUUUAUAACGGGGGCUUCCAGAGGUAUAGGACGAACAAUUGCUAUCGAAAUAUCAAGAAAAUUGGAGCAGAAUUCAAUUUUAAUAUUACUAGCUAGAUCUAAAACCGGCUUGGAAGAAACUAAAACUCAAAUCGCCGAGGUGGAUAAGUCAAUAACAGUGGAAACAAUCGCAGUAGAUUUAUCUAAACCUGACAUUAAUGAGUAUAAUGAUAUUUUCAAAAAGGUAUUAAGCAGUGUUGAUACUAAAGAUAUUAAAACCGCGAUAUUUUUCCACAAUGCUGCUCAUAUUGGAACAAUUAAAAAGACUACGGAUUUAAUAGACUUGGAAGUUUGGAGAGAAUAUUACGAUCUGAAUAUGUUUUCAUGCGUAUUAUUGAAUAAUGUAUUUGUUAAGCAUAUGAGACCCGUUGCUCCACAACUUUGUGUUAUAAAUAUUAGUUCAUUGGCAGGAAAAACUCCUUUAUCAAACUUGGGAAUGUAUGGUUCUGGUAAAGCUGCCCGAGAAUUAUUUUUCAAAGUAUUCGCCUUGGAGGAACCAAAUAUUAUUGUAUUUAAUUAUAGUCCAGGUCCUGUAGACACCGAAAUGUUUGACAGUAUUGUACAAACUGCUCAAUCUGAGGAUGUCAGAAAUUCCUUCAGGGAGAUUAAAAAUAGUAGUGUCCUUACUCCUGCGAAGACAGUAAAUAAGUUGCUCGAUUUAAUCGAGAAGGGUGAUUUCAAAAGUGGAGAUUGCAUUGAUUAUUACGAAAGAUAAAGGAUUCUAACGAAUAUGGUUUAUUUUAACUAAACUGGUUAUUACAUGAGCUUUUUAUGGACAUUAUGUACCACAGUUGAGGUAUGAUAUUAAAGACAACGUUUUAUUAUAUUAAAUAUUGAAUAUAUUAAUUGAUAUAAAAUUUGAGUAUAACGAAAUUUUUUACAUAUUCUGAAUUUACAAGACGUUAAUGUUUUUUUGUAAAGUAUAUUUUAUAUAGAUUUUUAUUGUUUUGAGAUCUUUUUAAUAUUAUAUAGUUUAUUGCUAUUAAAUAAUAACUAUUUUUUCUAUGUAUUAUAAUAUUAUUCGAAUAAAUUUUCAAAAGCAUUUUGAGUAU